AUGUCGGAAUUGCCGAAGUAUGAUGGGACUUCAGAUCCGCAUGAGCACAUCACCACCUAUACUGUGGCGGUGAAGGGGAACUAUUUAGCUCCCCACGAGAUUGAGACGGUCUUACUCAAGAAAUUCGGGAAGACUCUCAUGAAGGGACCCUUUACAUGGUAUUCGCUCCUACCCGAGAUUUCCAUAGACUCCUUCGGGAUGCUCGCGGACUCUUUCAUCAAGGCCCAUGCCGGGCCAGAAAGGUACAGGCUCGGAAGACCAACAUAUUCAGGAUUACACAAGACUGCGGGAGUUUACCGGCAGUACCGGACCAAUGAACGGCUGAAGAGUUCACCAAAGGAUAAGGAAACAUCAGAUUCUCGAGAUUCUUCCUACCCCAGGCUUUCCGAAUACAACUUCAACAUUGGCGUAGUGGAAUGGGUGUCGGGCAUGAUGAACAUUAAAGGAGCUCGGUUCCCGAAGCCAAUGAGAUCCGAUCCCAGCCGAAGUGAUCCAAACUUUUGGUGUGAAUACCAUGGAACAAACGGUCAUCAGACUGGGGACUGCCGGCAUCUGCGUGAAGAGGUGUCGACAUUGCUGAAAAAUGGUCAUCUCAAGAAAUUUUUAAGUGAACGGGCUAAGAACAACUACAAUCGCUAUCAUGACAAUGCAGAACAUUUAAAAGCAGGAGAAGAUCCCCGGCGCUUGACGAUCAACAUGAUUUUCGGCGGGAACGAGAUUAAUGGGGUUACAUUCUCGGAGACAAAAAAAAUGAAGGUGGUUGUGGCCCACAACAAGAGACUCUGGGAAGUAGCUGAAGAUGACAUAACCUUCUCGGAGGAAGACGCAGAUGGAUUGAUGCUCCUGCACAAUAAUGCGUUGGGAAUUUCUUUAAAUAUCUUGGAUGUUAAAAUUAAACAUAUUUUGGUAGACGCAAGAAGUUCGACCAACAUCAUACAAUUGAGGGUGUUGGAGCAAGCUAAGCUCACCGAAAACAUCAUCUCGGCCACAAAACUCCUCGCUGGGUUCAACCUAGUAAGCGUGACAACCCUUGGAGAGAUCCUGUUGCCCACGAAUGCUGAAGGGGUGAUCAAGACGACCCUUUUCAAGGUGGUGGAUGGUGAUAUGGGUUACUACAUCAUCCUGGGAAGACCAUGGUUGCACGAGAUGAAGGCUGUGCUAUCUACAUAUCAUCAGUUGCUGAAAUUCCCAACGCUUGAGGGGAUUAAACAAAUAAGUGGCGACCAACCGGCAUCGAGAGAAAUGAAUGCAAUAUCAGUUUCCAGUAGCAAAGGGAAAGAGCGUGCAGCAUAG